AGUCAGAGCGGAGCUGUUUAAAAGCGCUCGCGACACACCGGCAAAUCCUCGGCACUCCAGCACCGGCGGGAAGUCUCCACUGUGAUUUCCAGCGCGUUCACCGCCAGCCUGGUGAUUUAUAGAGGUAGAUAAGUAAGGACGGCUGGAAGAGACUUGUUUUUGUGCGGAGCUGUCCAAGGUGCGGAGAACCCUAACGAUGGGAUUUAGGAUGAGACACCUGCGGCUGUGCACAUCUCUCAUAGGAUGAAGAGGAAGCAGGUAACUCAGGGUGUCUGACCUGCUGUCAGCAUGAGGUGUAAAUGGAAGCGACUUAGGAGUCGUCCUUGAACGCCUCUAUAGCUCUUGCAUCCCCCUCACCCCAAAAGAAAAGAAAAAAAGGACACUUGUUUACUAAACUGUUUGAUCUUGUAAUCUUUUGUAGGCCAUUUUUAAAUGCUUUUACGUGCGGGUGCAAACAAUGAGUUUCCGUCAAGCAGCUCAGUCUGGUUAAUGAUUUACAACCUCAAAUCCCCGGGAGAGCGUGCAUUGCUAAUUUGGGCUCGCGGUACCGUCGUGGAAAAUACUGCCUCGCGCUGAAAUGCCAGCAGGUGCUUAGUGCUGUUGCGCUCGCGCCGCGGAGUCCCCGGGCCGUCCUGAGCGCGCGCACCAAAUGACGCCGGCUCCGCGCUUCGGCUUGCUGGCGGCGGCGUGCACCUGCGCGUGGCUGCUGGUGCACGGCUGCGGGCCCGGUCCGGGAUACGGCGGGCGCUCGAGGCCGCGCAGGCUCACACCGCUGGCCUACAAGCAGCACGUGCCCAACGUCUCCGAAAACAACCUGGGCGCGAGCGGCAGGGCCGAAGGAAAGAUAACGCGCCACUCGGAGCGCUUCAACGAGCUGGUGUGCAACUACAACCCUGACAUUGACUUCAAAGACGAGGAGCGCACUAAAGCGGACCGGUUCAUGACCAAGCGCUGUAAGGAUUGCCUAAAUAAACUGGCCAUUGCAGUUAUGAACCAGUGGCCAGGUAUUCGACUACGAGUGACCGAGGCCUGGGACGAGGACGAUAAUCAUCCUUCUGGCUCUUUGCAUUAUGAGGGCCGUGCCGUGGACAUAACCACCUCAGACAGGGACAUUAAAAAGUAUGGCCUCCUUGCUCAGUUGGCCGUCGAGGCCGGGUUUGACUGGGUAUACUAUGAGUCCAAGUAUCACGUGCACUGUUCUGUCAAAGCUGAUCACUCUGUUGCAGUGGAGAAAGGAGGCUGUUUCUCAGCUUCAGCACUCGUGACUGUGGCUGAAGGAGGGCAAAAGCCCAUGUCUCAUCUGCAGCCUGGAGACUCAGUGCUUGCUUUGUCUGAGUCCGGUGGCAUAAUCUUCAGCCGUGUCCUCCUGUUUCUACAUUUGGACGUUGAGCAAAGGUCCACUUUCCUGAUUCUCAGCACAGAAAAUGGGCGCAGACUCACAAUUACACCCAAUCACCUCAUCUUCAUGGCUCCCAACCUCAAGUUAUACUACCACGAGUACUAUGCUAGCUUUGCUAGUCAAGUCACAAGGGGAACCUACGUACUAAUUUGUGGAAGGGAUGGUCGUGUGCAUCCCUCCAAAAUAGUUUCUGUCUCACAGGAAGAAAGAAUUGGGGUUUAUGCUCCACUGACGGAACAUGGCAACCUGUUUGUGGAUGGUGUGCUGGCAUCCAGUUAUGCAUCUAUAGAGGAUCAGAGGCUGGCACACUGGGCAUUUGGGCCUCUUCGCUUCCUGGUUGGACUGUCACAAGUAUUCAUGGCAGUGAAUCCACUAACAGUGAUGAUGCAAGGUGCUGCUGAGGUUUACACAAUCUGUCCGUCUCACCAUAUUCUUUCCAGAGCACAUACGAAUGUGAUACAUAACAGUUCAGGUGUAGUUCACAAUGCAAUGAACAAAAUGAACAGCACAUGUUUAAAAGAACAUCAUUCUAAGCUAUAUUUUGAUUGUCUGGGUGGCACACAAGUAGGGGUUCACUGGUAUGCAAGGCUGCUAUGUACGAUUGCUCAGAUUUUCUGGAAACCUCAUUUUGUGACUGAAGAUCCAGGACAAGAGAUACCAGUGACACCUUUCUGUUAGGGUCAUAAAAUUCUAACCAAAUAAAGGCUACUUACCCAAAAAACAAAUACAAAUCAGAAUGAACUGAUAUGUAAUAUAGCAUUAUUAAUUCCCUUCAAUUUGAUAUUUUAUUGUGGUCAUUCAUUGAAGUACACUGUACAGCAUAACGGUUGUUUUUUGACUGUGGCACAUGUUCAUGUCAGAUUCAGAGCAAACAUUUUUAUACAGAAGAGGGAAUAUUUCUUAGAAAAAAAAGCUAUUUUUAUACUUUUGGAUUUAUAAUAUAUAAACAUUUUCACGUUAUAGUAAUUAAUCUCAUGACUUCAUGUCUUUUUUUACACCUGCCCUUUAGACUGAGAAAUCAUGUGUUUGAUGUUGAACUGUAGGCUAUGCUAAUGUUCCAUGGGUUGCAAUGGCUGAUGCAAUUUUUCAAAAAUAUAACAGGGCUUUGUUAUAUUUGUUAGCCGCCCUUUGUUGGUGUCCUGCUGCAAACGUCUCACUUUGGAGUCCUGGAGUAACUGGCAGGCCAGUUAUUAUAAUAAAUAAUAAUAAUAAUAAUAAUAAUUCAUAGUUAACCCUGGAGCAGCACAGCUGAUUUCUGAUUUGGUCUUUAAAUAAAUCAGUAUGCUAAUUAACAGACUCUAUGCAAAUUCUUCUAUUUUAGUACAAUAUAAGAUUAAAACACAAAAGCCUUAAACAAGAAUUGUUAUAGAAUAGCUUGCCGAAAGAUAAAAUGCAAAUGAGAUGGGCAUUUUUCAUGGUUGAUAUUUGAGUCUAGAAUUUGGUUAAUUUGUGGAUAUUUUGAAGCAUCUGUCUAAUUUUUCUCCUUUUUGUCUACUUCCAUUUCUCUAUGAUCAUCUUCUGCAUUGUUAAUUUUGUAUUUUAGAAGAAUUAACAAGGUCCAGAUUGCCACAUGUGUCAGAACAUUUUUUUUUUUAACUUUAGAUCUUGAAAGUGUUUUUAUUUUGGACACCACUUCACCCUGAUGAUAAUAUUUUACACCCCCUUGUGGACAAUAUGCGCUAUACAAGGCGUCUUGAGCUGAUCAUUAACUGGUCUCUGCUUAGAGACUGCUUAUAAAAAAGAUUUAACAUGGCUAUUAUACAUUUUACAUGUGCUAAAUAUGUAACUGAGGUUGAAGCCUAAAGGAGUGGUUUAUUAAUGUUCAGACAACUGGUUAUGUACAUGUGCAGGGUGUUAGAAAGUUCACCAAAUGGCAAACAGGGGUUUUAAAAAUCGCAAUCAGGCUGUUAAUUAUAGUCCUGAAUUUUUUUUUUUAGCAAUAUACCACAUAAAAUUUGAAGAAGCGCUUUCAUAAAGCUGCAUUACAAGCAAUACGAGCUACAGUGAUGUAUGUUAUUCACAGAUGACCUUUAAAUGAUAAAAUGUAAAGGUCUCUGUCAGUGAAGACAAAUAGCAUUGGUUUCAGCGUCUUAAUCAGGUUAGACAACAUUCAAGCUCCUCUUAAAAGUGUCUACUUGGAACAUACCUGUCACCAAGAUGGGUAUGUACAUAACAUGUAAAUAAAAAUAUAAGAGAAUAAGGAAAAGCUUUUUUAAUGUGAAAAAUAUAUCAACUAACAGAGUCCAGAGAUGCCCUGAGCUCAUAAAGUCACUGUAGCAGAAUUUACAAUAUAUUUUAACCUGUGGUCUUUUUCUAGUAUUUUUGGACAGCUGUUGAGAUAUGUAUUAAAGAGGAUUAUCCCAUUGAUGGAGGCUGCAGAUGGGCACAAAUCCACCUAAGCAGCUUCUGGGAUUCAUCUGCAUGUGGCCAAUAGGAGACACCGCAUCAGGAAACCUCACCCUCAAUUAUAGUUGCUAACCAAUCAGGUCUUGGGGGUACUAGACCUCAGGGUUAAUUCUAAGCCUGAAGAGAGGCAUGUAUGAGUUUACUAGUCCUAGUUGUGUACAGUCACCAGCUACAGUUCUGUGUGUAACAAGUAUAUACAAAUGUUGUUCUUCUUCUUUUGGAUGCUCCCGUUAGGGGCCGCCACAGCAGAUCACUGGUCUGCAUAUUUGAUUUGGCACAGUUUUCUUUCUGUUUUUUUUUUUUUUUUAAUAUGCCGAAUACCCUUCCUGAUGCAACUCUCCCCAUUUUUUUAAAGUCCAGGCUUGGGAUCGGCACUGGGAGUGCACCAUUUUUGUGGUUCCCUGGCCAGGAAUCGAACCCAGCUUGUGGUGGUUAGAGUGCCAAGGCCUAACCACUAGUCCUCCAGGGACCUAACAAGUAUAUACAAAUAAUUAAUCUAUAAUAUUUCAAAGUGAUAAAUAGUUGUUGACUAUGGCUUAUAGUCUAUAUGCGCAUAUCAUAAAGCCUACAGUAUAGAAAUACAUCACCAUAUUUAUUUAGAUUAGUUUGCCAGGGAAAUCCUUGUGUUGUAUUUAGUGGCUUUAACAUUUAAGGGAUAUAUGGCAUCAUUCAGGGAUCAAAAGAUAUACACUAAUUACAUUCAGACAUUAGGACACUAAGCAUCAGAGCUCACUAAAAGCUUUCCUUAAAAUACUUUGAAGUUUUACACACUUUCAAAUCACUACCAAAACUUUAAUCCUUUUGCUCUGUUUGAGUCAAAAUGAUCUGUUUUAACUCUUUACUUAAAGUAUAACCAUACUAAAAAUUUUUGGGGGUUUCCAACAUUAAAAUUUGUCUUUGGCUCACUUUCUCGAUUGAAAACGGACACAUGUACUUUUGGCACAUCUGCUAUACCCCUGAUUCAUAUGAAUAUUACAAAGGUCAUUUGGGCAGCAUGGUGGGUAGCAUUACUGCCUCAAAACUCAAAGGUCCCUGGUUUGAGCUUCCUGAGCUUGGUUACUGUCUGUGCACAGUACUGUGCCGUUUCACAUAUUCUCCCUGUGUCCAUGUGGGUUUCCUCUAGCUUUUUCAUCUCCCUGUGUCCAUGUGGACCUGGAACCUAUGGAACACCAGUCCACUGAUACCUAUGGACAAUUUUUUUUAAGCCAAUCCAAUUAUAGACAUGUUUCUGGGAGUACUGUACUGUUUCACAUGUUCUCCCUGUGUCCAUGUGGAUUUCCUCUAGCUUCAUUAGUUUCCUCCCAAAAAAAGUAAAUAAGUGGAUUGGCUUAAAAUUUUGUCUGUAGGUAUCAAUGAGUGUGUGCAGGAAGCUCUGCGAUGGACAUGCAGUAUUGCUGGGAUAGGCUCGAGGUCCACCUAGACCAUGACCAGGAUAUAG